AUGAAAAAAUAUUCAAAAGUUUCACCGAUAACUACAACAGAAGAUGUCGAAUCACCGCCAAAUAUAUUAAUAUCAUCAUCAAUAAAGAAAACUAGUGAAGCAGAAUAUGUAGAAGAGGAUAUAUUAAAUGGUAUUAUAAGAAAUCAUAGUAAUUAUCAUAGAUUUAGUAUUGGUGAAGAUGAUACUGUAAUUGGUUUUGAUGAUAAUGAACUUCUUUUGGAAGAAAAAAAUUUUCGUUCAGACAUAAGCGAUCUCGAUCCACCCGAAAACUCUCCAAUUCCUAUGGUUGCUGCGGCCGUUAGUACAAAAGAUGAUCCAACACUACAACCAAUAACGUUUCGUUUUUGGGUUCUUAGUACGUUUUUCACGAUUCUUGGUGCAGCGAUAUCCCAGUUUUACUACUUUCGUUCAAACGGUGGUACUUACUCCGUAUUCUUCGUAUUGUUGGCAUCUCAUGUUUUUGGUAAAUGGAUGGCUGAUGUUUUACCAAAAAAACAAUACCAAAUAUGUAAAUGGAAAUUUUCACUCAAUCCUGGUCCAUUCAAUAUAAAGGAACAUGUUUGUAUAGCAGUAGCUUCUGCUGCAGGAGGUGGUACAGCAUAUGGAACAGAUAUUAUUGCUAUACAACAAUUAUUUUAUGGUGAGAGUGCUAAUUUUUUAAUGGGAAUCUCGUUAUUAUUGAGCACUCAGAUGAUUGGUUAUGGGUUAGCAGGAUUUUUAAGAAAAUUUCUUGUUCGUCCAGCAAGUAUGUUGUGGCCAUCAAAUUUGGUAUUUGCCAGUCUAUUUACAACAUUACAUGGAAACGCCAAGGACACAAGAGACAAAUUAAGAUUUUUUUAUAUAGCUUUCACCCUAGUAUUCAUUUGGCAAUUUUUUCCACAGUACAUGUUCACAUUGCUUACCAGUAUAUCUGUGUUGUGCUUAAUCGUACCGAUGAAUGAAAAUAUAGUCAGAUUUGGUAGUGGGUAUCGAGGAUUAGGCUUUUUGACUUUUUCGUUAGAUUGGAAUUCUAUUGGACAAUCGGGUCCUUUAUACACUCCCUGGUGGGCACAGAUUAAUUAUUUUGCUGGUGUAUUAUUAAGUGCGUGGGUCAUUACUCCAUUAUUGUGGUAUUAUAAUGUAUUGGAUGCACGAAGAUUUCCAUUAUUGGCAACAUACUCUUUAAAUAAAAAUGGGGAAAGAUAUAAUCAAACAGCAAUAUUAAAUCAAGAAGAUAAUUCUUUAAAUGAAGAGGCUUAUAACUCUUAUGGACCUGUAUUUUUAAGUCUCACAUUUGCCCUUGGAUAUCUCUAUUCUUUUAUAGGUUUCUCAUCAGCUAUUAGUCAUGUUAUGUUAUUUUAUGGAAGUGAGAUUUGGAGUAGGUUCAGGGCUAGUAGGCAUGAAGGUGAUGAUAUUCAUUAUAGAAUGUUGAAGAGGUAUGAAGAUAUACCAAAUUUAUGGUAUGCUUCUAUAUUUGUAACGAUGUUGUCAAUUGCAAUCACGCUUUGUUACGUGUCUGGAUCAGAAUUGCCGUGGUGGGGACUGUUAUUAGCUGUAGCCCUUGCUUGUGUUAUAGUACUACCAAUAGCACAAAUUUGGGGGACUUUGGUAGGAGUAUUUAUAAACUAUUGGACACUACAGCUUAUUUUGGAUGCAAAACGUAUGUUUUUAGAUGGCACUGCUCGUGAUCCGACUGGUCAAUGGACCGGUUAUCGAUCUCAAGUUUUUAAUACUGCUUCGAUUGUGUGGGGGUUAGUUGGACCUGCUAGAACUUUUGGAAAUGACUCGAUGUAUCAUUUUCUGUUAUGGGGUUUCCCAAUAGGAUUUCUAUUACCAUUUCCAAUCUACUUUCUACAUAAAAAAUUUCCAAAUGCAAAAUUUCAUCUAAUCACUCUACCUUUGAUUUCUCAUGGUAUGAGUGCAAUACCUGGUACAUAUACCAAUUUCAUAACUAUGGGGCUUAUAGCUAGUUUCUUGAGUCAAUUUUGGGCUUAUAGGUAUCACCAUAAGUGGUGGGCAAAAUAUAAUUACGUAUUGUCAGCUUCAUUGGAUAGUGGAUCACAAAUUGUUACAAUGGUGAUUUUCUUUUUAUUAAGUGGUGUGCUUAAGGUAGGUUUAUCACCUGGUAAUUAUAGAAUUUGCAAUUUAGUCUCAUCAUUCUCUCAUCAACCUGUGAUAAUGCCAGUUACAAAACGUGGUUCACAAGAUGAUUCAAGUCAAUGCACUUCUAGUGGAAAUAAAAAUUAUUCUCCAAAUAAACUAGAAAACAAUAACAACAACGAUACCUCACAAUCGUCAAAGUCAAUUAUUACAAGUCAUAAAUCUCCAUCCACGCCACAAAAUGCACUGAAAUAUUUAAUGCCUAAUCUAGAUUUCAUUCCUAUUAACAAAAUAACAUCAGAAGAAAUAAAAGAGUUAGGAAAAUAUCAUCCUAUGAUGAGUCCUGUUAAGAAAAGAAAAUUUGAUCAUUUUGAAGCAGUAAAUAGUUGGAGAAAGCCAAACACCAGUGAACUUCCAUGGAUGAAAGACAAUGAUUGUAAUAGAAAAUAUGAUAAUGUAGUACACAGGAUGCAUUUUGAAUUAAAUGAUCUAAUAGAGUACCUUUCUCCAACCGAGAUUGAAAGAUCAUUAAGAAUAUUUGUAAUUAAAAGAAUUGAAGCUGCUAUCAAAUCUAGAUUCAGUGAUUCUGAAGUUCUCAUAUUUGGAAGUUUUAAUUCUGGAAUCUAUCUUCCCACAAGUGAUAUUGAUAUUGUCGUUUUUGGUCAUGUAAGUUCGUUAGCGCCACUCUCUCAACUGGCUGAUUAUUUAGAAAUCAAAGGAUAUUCUCAUGGCAGUCCCAUAGUAAUACAUGGGGCAGUGGUUCCUAUUAUCAAAUUCAAAGAAAAAUACACUAAAAUUAACAUUGACGUAUCGUUUAAUCAGAGAUCUGUUUUUGCAUCUGUUAGCACUAUAAAGGGAUAUCUUAGAGAAUGGCCUAUUCUUGGUAGAUUGCUAUUGGUUUUAAAAUAUUUUUUAAAACACCAUAAUCUUGAUGACCCAUCAAAUGGUGGAAUGGGCGGUUAUACUUUGUUCUGUAUGAUAUUAAAUUUUCUACAGUUACACCCACGUAUUGCUGAUGGUACUUUAAAGAUAGACAGUAAUGAUAACCUUGGUGUUCUUUUGAUAGAAUUUUUUGAAUUAUAUGGAAAUCAGUUCAAUUAUAAAGAUCUGGCAAUCACAAUAAGAAAUGGUGGAAGCUAUUGUAGAAAGUACUAUCAAAUUUGGGCAGUUAAAAUUCCAGAAACAAAUUUAUAUAAUGAUAUAGCGCGUGCAACAAGAAAGAUAGAAUUGAUUCGGGAAGCAUUUAACCGAGCGUUCCUACGACUUGUUAAUAGAGUGGGACAACUUGAAAAAGUACAUAGACCGAUUGGUGCUAAUUAUGUCACGGGGUUUGAUAAUAAAUCAAUUCUUUCAUCUAUUUUAUUUAUUUCUGAAGAUAUGCAAUCAUUAAGAAGAAAUUUAUUACGAGAGUAUAAUGAAAAUGGAUUGAAACGAUUGGUUCUAAAAACAAGCAAUAAUCUAGGAACACUACUAACAACUUAUGAUUAUGAAUUUAUUGUCGAAAAAUUUGCAAAGGAAAUCGAAGAGUCAGACUAUCGUCGUAACUUUAGAGUCAACUCUUUAUUGAGAAGACGUAAACCAACAAGAUUUAAGUCAUUUCCAAAAUAUCAAGACAGGGAUGACUAUUAUUUUGAGGAUUUAUAUGAUUAG